CAUGGCGGCAUCGACGCGGUGGGUGAGUAGAUCGAAGGCGUGCGCUGCUUCAAUUUUGUGACACAAAUCGCUGGAAUCGCGACGAUGAAGAAGAGGCCGCUGCCGCCGUCUUCGUCGUCGUCGCCGCAGGCGGCCUUCUCCCCCAGCAGGCUCUGGCUUGGUCUGCAGCUGCUCUUUUGGGCGUCGGUGUUCGCGUGCUCGGUCGCGCUCAUCCGCAUCGCCGCCAGAUCGGCGUCCCCUGACGCGGUCGUCGGCGAGGAGCCGCCCGUGACCGUCGGCUCCUCCAAGAUCGCGUUCCUCUUCCUCGCCCGUUCCAAUCUCCCGCUCGAUUUCGUUUGGCACACCUUCUUCCAGAAUGCGGAAGAGGAGAAAUUCUCGAUUUACGUUCACUCUGAGCCGGGAUUUGUGUUCGAUAAGACGACGACGAGGUCUCCGUUCUUUUUCGGCCGCCAUCUUCGGGAUAGCAUAAAGGUGAUUUGGGGCGAGUCCACUAUGGUUGAAGCAGAGAGACUGCUGCUUGCUUCAGCCCUCAAGGAUCCUUCCAAUCAGCGUUUUGCCUUGAUCUCUGAUAGCUGUGUACCCCUUUACAACUUCAGCUAUAUAUAUGACUAUGUGAUGUCUUCUCCAAAAAGUUUUGUGGAUAGCUUUCUUGUCAAAAAGGAAGGGCGUUAUAGUCCAAAAAUGUUUCCCACAAUACCCAGGGACAGAUGGAGAAAAGGUUCUCAGUGGAUAACCUUGGUUAGAAAGCAUGCUAAGAUUGUUGUGGACGAUACAGUUGUUUUUCCAGCAUUCAGGAGAUUUUGCAAGCACCUGACUGGAGAAGCACUCGGAGGAAAACAGAAAAAUAAAGAAGCAGCACAGGAAGAACAUGAUUGCAUAACAGAUGAACACUAUGUCCAAACAUUAUUCUCUAUGACUCAACUUGAUGAUGAGCUGGAGAGAAGAACAUUAACAUAUACUUCAUGGAACCAAUCUAUCGAUGUGAAGGACAAAAGAAGUUGGCACCCUAAGACAUUUGAAUUUGCUGAUGCUAGUCCACAAGAUAUUAUCGAAAUAAAGAGUAUCAAUCAUAUAUACUAUGAGACAGAGUAUCGAACAGAGUGGUGCCAGUGCAAUGCUAAGUUUGUUCCAUGUUUCUUGUUUGCAAGGAAGUUCUCCAGGAGUGCUGCUAUGCGCAUUCUCAAUGAUGAUCUCGUGGGCCCAUUCGAUGCUGGUUCUUUAUUUUUUCCAGACUCAUAAUUUUGCCUCUACAGGUAGCUCAAUAUUUUCAGGAACACACACAUCUAAAAGUUUGAUCAUUCAAUCAUAUUCAUUCAGAUGAAAUAAGAAGUUAAACUCCAUUGGACAUCUACGGAAAAGUUGACUGUUAGGCUGUUAGUAGAUGAAAAUAUACAUCAUUAGAAGAUGCAGGUUUGUACAUAACCAAAUACAACACAUUUCGAUCGGCAAAGCUUCAACUCAACAUAUAAUUGUUAGAUGACAGUGAGAAUUUGUCUACUCAUAGUACAAUGUUCCACAAAUACAAACUCUUUUGUGGCUUACACUUGA